CCCAUCUAAUAAUGCGUGUAUUUUAGUGUGUGUAUGUGUGUAUGAGCUCGUGACCACUUCUUUCUUCUCCGCCGCACCACGCUGCGAUGCGAACCCGCAGCCGGCGACCCGGCUCGGUCCAGACGCUGCAGCAGGAGGAGACUUGGCCUGGCUUCGGCUGAGCGAGGUCGGGCUCCCACGCGUCAUGCCGCGGGGUGCUAGCCGCUAGCAGGCAAGCUAUGAGCGGCGACGGCGACGGAACCGGCGGCGGAGGCGCCAUCAGCCGCCGCAUCAAGAACCUGCUCAGGUCCCCGUCCAUCAAACUCAGGGGGCGGGGCCGAUCAGCUCGGCAUCAGAUUGGCGACAAGGUUGUCUUGGAAAAAGUUCUGGGCAUCACGGCGCCCGGCAACAGAGCGCUGUCAUGUGACCCACGGAGUGGAUUUUUAGCGUAUCCCGCCGGAUGCGUUGUUGUCCUGCUGCAUCCUCGCAAGAACAAACAACGUCACAUCUUUAAUGCAUCACGAAAGACCAUCACCACUUUGGCCUUCUCACCAGACGGCAAACAUGUGGUUACGGGCGAGAGCGGUCACAUGCCGGCGGUGCGUGUGUGGGAAGUAUGCAGCGGCACGCAGGUGGCGUCGCUUCAGGAACACAAAUACGGAGUGGCCUGCGUGGCCUUCUCGCCUAACGUCAAGUACAUCGUCAGUGUGGGCUACCAGCACGACAUGAUGGUGCAUGUGUGGAACUGGAAAAAAGGUGUGGUGGUGGCUGCCAACAAAGUGUCGAGUAAGGUGACGGCCGUGACCUUCUCACACGACUCGUCAUACUUCGUGACUGCGGGGAACCGUCACGUCAAGUUCUGGUACUUAGACCAUAGCAGAACCUCCAAGGUGAGCGCUGCUGUGCCAUUGCUGGGGCGUUCGGCACUGCUGGGAGAACUCAAAAACAACUUCUUCUGCGACGUGGCGUGCGGGCGAGGACAGCAGGCGUCCGCCACCUUCUGCAUCAGCACAUCGGGCCUCCUGGUGCAGCUAGACCAGCGCCGCAUGCUCCACAAGUGGGUGGAGCUACGUAGAAUUGACUCCGCCUCCGCAUCUCAGGCCACGUGUUUGUGCGUGACGGACGAGCUGAUCUUCUGCGGCUGCUCGGACGGCACGGUGCGUGCCUUUAGCCCACACUCUUUGCACUUUCUGUGCACACUGCCGCGGCCGCACUUCCUGGGCGCCGACGUCGCCGCAGUGACCAACGCCAGCGGUCUGUUUUGCGCCCGUCCCGACGUCCGUUACCCGGACACAGUGGCGCUGACCUACGACCCAAGCGGCGGCUGGCUGUCGUGCGUGUACAGCGAUCACAGCGUCUACGUGUGGGACGUGGGCGACCUGCGAGACCCUCGCCGCGUGGGCAAGCUCUACUCGGCGCUCUACCACGGUUCCUGCGUGUGGAGCCUUGAGGUGUUUCCCGAAGACGGAGGAGACGUGGGGAAGACGGCUCUCGCACGUGGGUGCUUCCUGUCGUGCUCAUCGGACAACACCAUACGCGUGUGGAACGUGGACACUCGCCGCUUCCCCAACAACAUCCUUAGUCAUGAUCUGCACAAGGUGAUUUACGUGGAAGACAACCCAUCCGGCCUCCUCGACAUCGACAGCGUCUCACCGGCCGGCGACAAGGCAGGGCCCAACACCUUCGAGGCACCCACCAACGACCAGAACCGGGCCGGCGUUCGCUCCCUCAGAGUCAGUCCCGACGGGCGACACCUGGCUUCGGGAGACCGCGUGGGCGUCCUCAGGGUGCACGACGUGAACACCAUGGAGGAGAUCGUCAACGUUCAGGCUCACGACGGCGAAAUUCUCUCCCUUGACUUUUCCAAAAGUGACACAGGUGUGCAGUUCCUGGCUACGGCCAGUCGGGACCGACUGAUCCACGUUUUAGACGCCGCGCGUGACUACCAGCUUGUCCAGACUUUGGACGAGCACUCGUCCUCCAUCACGGCCGUCAGAUUCGCAGCUAACGAGGGCAAAGCGCGGUUGAUCAGCUGCGGCGCCGACAAAAGUGUCUACUUCCGCACCGGACGACAGACGGAGAGCGGCGAAGGCGGCGUGGAGUUCACUCGAACGCAUCACGUGGUAAGGAAGAGCACACUGUACGAUAUGGACAUAGAGCCCACCGGGAAGUACGCCGCUGUCGGCUGCCAGGACCGCAGCAUCAGGAUCUUCAACAUCAACAACAGCAAACAGAAGAAAAUGUAUAAAGGAUCUCAAGGAGAAGACGGAACGCUCAUCAAGGUGCAGAUCGACCCUUCGGGCCUCUACGUCGCCACUUCCUGUUCGGACAAGAGCAUCAACAUCUUUGAUUUCUACUCUGGCGACUGCGUGGCCUCUGUGUUUGGGCACUCAGAGGUUGUGACUGGCCUGAAGUUCAGCAGCGACUGCACACGACUCAUCAGUGGGUCAGGUGAUAGCUGCAUCUUCGUUUGGCGUUUGAGUCCUGAGCUGACCCUCCGGAUGCGCCAGCGUCUGUCUGACCUCAAGCUUCCCAUCAGAGGCCUCGUGUCCCACGAUGAACCUCAGGAAGGGGCAGGAAAACUCGGGGAAGCGGGGCGUCCUGGCGUGGUCGCCAUGUCGUCUGACAGCGACAAGGAGGAGGAGGAAGAAGCAGUUGAAGCAUCAGAUGACAGCAAUAAGGCCCCGCCUCGCCGCCGCUGGGUCAGGAAUUCGUGCAGUGACAGCGAUGUCCCCGUGGCGACAUCCAUGUUGGACCUGAGACAGUUGGACUUGUACACCUCCACUGGCGGUGUGCAGACACGCCCUCCCCAAGACAUGCCCUCAUCAUGCAGCCCCCAGGGAAUCUGGAUCACAGAGGCAGGGCUACAGAGGACCAAUCAGCAGCUGGGAAGUACCCUCAGUCUCCAGGUGGAGCACACAGAGGCGCUGGCCAAUCCCAGGCCAGAAUUCACCAUGCUGCCGAGUCAGAGACUGGAGAGGGAGCAGUCGGUGCUGUUUCUCGACCAAUGGGAGGACCGAGUGAGCCUGAGCAAUGACUUUGAGGUUAAGGGCGCAGGUCCCGCAGGCGGACAGGAGGACAAACCCAGUCCAGACAGUGGCUGCUCGCUCAGAUUCAACUCCAGAGCCGCCAGUCCUGAUGUGGCUGCAGGGGCAAAAGACGUGGACGCCACUGAGCAGACGGGUUGCCUAAGUGACGAUGCUGACUCCCUGGAAGAGGAGGAAGAUGCCGGGUCCGUGCCGCAGACUCCGGACCAGGAGGCUUUCCUAAAGAAACAUUUUGCUACUCUGGCUGACGUCGCGGAGGUACCCAAUAGAAAUGCUAACAGCUCCAAUGAGAGCCUCAGCAUGUCCUCCAGGUUCCUCUCUCCGAACUCUGCUGCCAGCCGGACAGUCCCUAAGUCAGACAAUAUGGAGGCAAAGACCCACCCAUUGGUGUCUGAAGUUCAAAGUCAUGACCCAAAUGUGACGUGGACUCCAAAUCAAACUGGACGAUGUCAACCAGAGGAGCAGCAGGAGAACCUCCAGGCUUCCACUGUGAAGAAUGAGUCAGACCUCAGGGGGAUGGCGGGGGUUGCAGGUGGUGUGGCUCCUCAGCGUCCCACCUCCCUCCCCUCAGCCCCCCGACGGACUUCAGCUAUAGCUUCGCUUCAACAGAAUCUCAAUUCCAGCACUCCUAGAUCACCCCAGCAGAUGGUUGUGGCCACAACGCUUCCCAGGAAGUGCCCGUCCCCAUCGGUGGGCGGCCCGCGCUCCUACAUGAGUCCCACAGCUAGCUCCACUGCCAAAAUGUCCCGCUCCGCUUCAGUGGGUGACGCUCUCAAUCAAGUGGGACUGACGGCGGGGGCGGCAUCUGGGGCUUGCCAAAUAACCGCGAAUAUUGUCCCUUCUGUGCCCUUGCCGGGCUGCCUUGGCAACCAAGCCGCCCCGACCCCCCGCCUCCUACUGCCUGACAAACCUUCCAUCAUGAGCAUCAGGGCCGCCACCCCCUCUGGGCCCCCGCCCACCCCCGAGGCUCAGGACGACGCAGACCCGCCUGCCAGUAUUGAGUCCUGCCGAGAGUUGACCAAUCAGAUGCUGAGAUGCUUCAAGCAAACAACCAAACUCUACAGGAAGGUGAGUGCCGCAAGUACGCUAGAUGCCACCCCUGAGCAUGCUCAAAUGGAGGGGAUCCUAUCAGAAGCCCUACAGGCCAUGAGGGCGGAGCUCCAGUCCCUGCCAUUGGGAGCAGGCGGGCCUGGUGGGGCCCUCAUGGCGACAGACCAGGAAAGGACGGCAGCUCUCUUGGAGGAGUAUUCCAUGCUGCUGCUUCAAGCAGUUCACAAGAAGCUAAGCCCCCUCUAGAAAAAUCCCACCCCAGGUCCCUUUGCUCCCUUCUUACCAGAAUCUACAUCACUUCCUGUUCAUGGGAGAGACUUCUUGUUUACAGUGUUAAGACAACUGCACUUUGAACAAAACUUUAUUGACUGUUAACAAUAACUCCAUGUUCUCUUUAACUGUGGAAACACAAAAUAUUAUUGACAACUGACCUCACAACAUGUCACAUGACUUCUUUGGAUAUUUAAAACGUUCUUAAAUAAAUGUUUGCAACUUGUGAGCGCAUCUAGGAAGAAGACGGUUCAUUGGUCGGCCUCGAGCGGGAAAAGCAGGAAUCCGCUGAAGACGCUAAAACUGCGCGUGUCAUCGUACAGUCUGUAGCUGGCAGGCAGACUCAGGCGUACGCGAUCCCCUGCCGCUAGCCGGAUCAAAGCACCGUUAGUGGCGGAUGCAUAGCCGCCGUGGUCAUUGAGAUCCAGGCUGGAGAUGAUUGGUUCCUGGUUGCGGUACAAGGUAACCCCCAUAUAGCCUUUCAGGAAGUCGGCCGCUGUGAAACUAAACACGUAAACUCCGCCCACGGGUGCCGUGAACACGCCUGCGCACAAGGGAGGCCGAUCUUGAGUGACGUCAUUAUUUCAUUGUCGUUUAGUCAUUAAAGCUCACCCGAGGUCUCGUCGUAAGCCCGACCCACAUUGGUGAAAACCUUGGAGAAUAUCAAUGUGGUUUCCUGGUCGAAGGGUCCUACCGAUCCCGAAUUGGUCAGCGCAGCGGCAAAGGCGACCUUGGUCUCGCCUGCGGAUGACAUUGCCGAUGACAUCAUCACAACACGAUAAUGACUCGACCUACGGCUUUACAACCUGAUGCCUGCGCGCUACGUUGCUCCAAAACUCGCAACCGGAAUGUGAACUCUGGAACAGAGAAUAUCAAAACACACAAAAUUGUUAAACAUGCCCAAAUGUUAACAUGCGCUCACUUCUAUUGUGACACCUUCAGUUGUCGCCUUCAAGUCGUCCAUCAUUUGUUCACUUAUGUUGAACUUUCCCUGCAUCACUGACAAGCACGCAACAUGAGAACAUGAGAACACAAGCAUACUAUGAGAACAAAAUGAGAAAUGUGCAUGCCAAGAAAACAAAAGGACAUGAGAAAAUGAACAUGCAUAAAACAAAAUGAGUUACCAGAACAUGAUUCACCUUAAAACAAAGCAAAUAAAAAUAACCUGAUUGUAACAUGAGAAUAAAAUAAGAGCAUAAAAAUAGAACAGCAUGAAAAUAUGGUAGCGACAUGACUAAGGAGGAUAAGAAUUAUGUCACUGAAAAUGAAUAGAACGUGCCACGAACACAGAAUGUGAAUACCUUCAUUGUUGUGAAUGUUGUGCAUCAGUCGCAACUCUAUGCUGGAAAGUUGUCUUGUCUGAGCUGAGGAAUUUUCAUCAACAAUAAUGUUGGUGAUUUGAAAUUUGUCAUGUCUGAAACAAAAAUUUUGACGAUACACACACCUGAGAAAUAAGUCUUGAGUUCUUCUAGAAGUUUCUCACUGACGGCCAGUCGCUCUGUCAAUGUUACACGCACAAUAUCAACAACACAACACAGUCACACUAGAAUGACAUGAUAUAAAAACAUUAACAAAAUAGGGUUAACUUGAGAACAUAGGGAUGAGAAUGAUAUGAGAGUACCUGUGGUGUGUGCAUAUUCCAGUGUUUUCAUAUGCAUACACUCACCUGUGGAUUCAGUCUUAAAUUCCUCCAGAAAAUUCGCAGUGGUGUUCAGUUUGACUUCCAACGCUGCCCACAGAAUGACAAAGGUGCAACACCAUUCAUGAAAACAAUAUGAGAGUAAUGAUGUGCACAUUCUCAUGUUCUCAUCACCUGUGUUUUUUGACCAGAGAUCCUUCACUUGAUCUGCGAGUUUCAGGCUCUCUGUCACCGCCAACAACUGGCCUAACAUCAGUAACACCUAUAUUAUACUUGCACAACAAAACUCCAACUACACAAGCACCUGUGCAUUCAGUCUUGAGUUCUUCCAGAAGUUCCUCGCUGACAUUCAGUCGGACAUCCAAAGCUGCACAUACAAUGUCACAACAUGAUGAAAAUGUCAUUGGAUUGAUGAUAAUGACAUGAGAGUACCCGCAGUGUUGUGAGUCAAUUGUAACUCCAUAUUGUGAAGUUUUGUCAUCUGACCUGAAAGAUGGCACACAAGCAUGAGUAAUGAUGUGUGCAUAUUCUCAUGUUCUCAUAAAUGCCCACAAACCUCUGGAUUCAAUCUUGAGUUCUUCCAAUAGUUUCUCACUGACAUUAAGCCGGACUUCUAACACUGCACACAAAAUUCAACAUAUAACAUUCCAUAACGACACAUAACAUGAUAAUAUGACUUAAUACGACAACAAUAACAAGAUAAAUUAGCAUAAACUAAUAGUGACAUACGUAACAAAAAGCUAUAACACUCGUCAGAACAUGAGACAUAAUUACAACUGCAUAGUGACACGAGAAGAAAAUGACAACAUGAGAACUGAAAUUGGAUGAGUCACAUGAGAUCAACCUGACAGUGAUGAGAACAAAAUGAGAGAGCUAUGAGAACCUGAGGACAAUUUGAUGGAGAAAAAAAACUGAUAAAACAUAAGAAAAUUAUUUGAGAGCAACAUGACAGUGAUCAGAAGAAAAUAAAACCUUGAAUUGAUGGGAACAAAUUGAGGACGAAAUCAUUAAAACUACAUGAAAGUGACUGCAGAGUGAGUACCUGCAGCUUUUUGCAUCAGUCUUGCCUCCAUGUUGUCAAGUUGUGUUGCCUGAGCUGAAGGAUGAAAACAAGUUUUAUAACAAUUUGUCAAGGAGGCGGAGUUUUUCAUUGUUGAAAAACACGCUAAUGUUGAGAGAAUACUCAGAUUGACCUGAGCUGAGAGCAUUCAGCUCCUCCAACUGAGCUGCAGUUGUCGCCACACUGCCCUCUAGAGCUUCAAAUGACACAUUUCACCCAGUUAGAUAUUAGCAUAUUGGAAUACUAAAAGGAUGAUGGCAUACCUGCAGUAUUGUUGUGUCCUUGAACUAGUUGUUCUUCCAUACGAGAAAGUUGAGUUGAUUUGACUGAAAAAAAAAACCAUAAGCAAGGAGAACCUGAAAAGAACCUUUCAGUAUGAUUGACGCCUCCUGAGUCAAAGGUUGUAGAUCUUAGUCUAUCCACACAACUGACUGAGGUUGUCCAUCUAGAAAUGUCAUGAACUUCACCUGACUUGUCAGUCUGCAAAUCUUCCACAAGGUUCUCCACCACACUCAGACGCAUCUUCAACCCUGCAUGCCAGAACCAUUUCAUUAAAACACAGAUAUAUACACAGACAUUGUUUGCUUACCUUCACUUUGUAUCUGUGUGUCGUUCUGUGUGUUCACCACAGCAGCUGCAAGCAAACAACAUAUUUAAACGGCAAAGUGUCGUGACCCACAGAAUCGAGACUCCAGA